CAGUCGGCGUCAACGCUGAGACGCCCACAGGCGGAAGAGUAUUUAAGGCGAAGCUGGGGUCUAGGACUGCGAUUAUUGUAUCAGUGCAGUUGUCAGGUGCAGUUCAGCAGACCGGCUUACAAGUUGCAUUUCUUUAAUCUCCCCAACUGAUCAAAUCGAGAGAGCAAGCACUAUGGCACUAUCACUCACCAACAAGAACGUGGUCUUCGUGGCUGGCCUGGGAGGCAUUGGCCUGGACACCACCAAGGAGCUGCUCAAGCGCGACCUGAAGAACCUGGUGAUCCUGGACCGCAUCGACAACCCGGUUGUCAUUGCCGAGCUGAAGACAAUCAAUCCCAAGGUGACCGUCACCUUCAUUCCCUACGAUGUGACCGUGCCCAUUACCGAGACCAAGAAGCUGCUGAAGACCAUCUUCGACAAGCUGAAGACCGUGGACAUCCUGAUCAACGGAGCUGGCAUCCUGGAUGACCACCAGAUCGAGCGCACCAUCGCCGUCAACUACACGGGUCUGGUGAACACCACCACCGCCAUUCUGGACUUCUGGGACAAGCGCAAGGGCGGACCAGGUGGCAUCAUCUGCAACAUUGGCUCCGUAACCGGCUUCAACGCCAUCUACCAGGUGCCCGUCUACUCUGGCACCAAGGCUGCCGUUGUCAACUUCACCAGCUCCCUAGCCAAACUGGCUCCCAUCACCGGAGUGACCGCCUACACCGUGAACCCCGGCAUCACCCGCACCACCCUGGUGCACAAGUUCAACUCCUGGCUGGAUGUGGAGCCCCAGGUGGCCGAGAAGCUGCUGGCGCACCCCACCCAGUCCUCCCAGGCCUGCGGCGAGAACUUCGUCAAGGCCAUCGAGCUCAACCAGAACGGCGCCAUCUGGAAGCUCGACCGGGGCACCCUGGAAGCCAUCCAGUGGAGCAAGCACUGGGACUCCGGCAUCUAAGGAGGAUACUCGCACCCCACUAGCAUUAGUUCAUAUUCAAUAUUCACGCAUGGCAAUAAGGCUGAUUUGAUGCACACUCACAUUUCCCUCUAAUACGAUAAACAAACUCUAGAAGACCCAAAAUUAUACAAAAUUGAGAAAGAAUAAACGAUAAGCUCUGCACUUAA